CUGAACUGGUCUGAACUGAACUGAACUGAACUGAAUUGAACUGAACUGAAAAUAAGUUGGGGAGAACAGACCCUUAAAUAGUAAAGACAAAAUAAAAAAAAAAGUAUUCCCGUAUCCUUCCCUCCCACUUCCAAACCUUGCCGGUGUAGCUGGGUCGGACAAAAUAAAAAAUAACGCUGUCUACUCAACUUGUAAAAUUUCAGAAACUAAUCACAAUUCCCUCAAAUACCCAAAACCCGCUAAAUUGAGCACGAAAAUAAAAAACAGGUGCAAAGAAGAGCAGUGGAAGCAUGAAGCCUCACCUUGCAGCUGCGUACCGGAACCCUGUUAAAUUCAGAAUGCCAACUGCGGAGAAUUUAGUUCCAAUUCGUCUUGACAUAGAAAUCGAUGGUCAGCGUUAUAAAGAUGCCUUCACCUGGAACCCUUCAGAUCCGGAUUCAGAGAUUGCAGUAUUUGCAAGAAAGACUGCAAAGGACCUGAAGCUUCCAUCAGGAUUUGUAACUCAGAUUGCUCAGUCCAUUCAAUCACAGCUGACAGAAUUUCGGUCAUAUGAAGGCCAAGAUAUGCAUGUUGGUGAGAAGAUUGUACCCAUCAAGCUAGAUCUUCGAGUAAAUCAGACUCUUAUCAGGGACCAGUUUUUGUGGGACUUGAACAAUAUGGAGAGCGAUCCCGAGGACUUUGCAAAGACCUUCUGUUCAGACAUGGGUAUCGAAGACCCUGAAGUUGGACCUGCUAUUGCUUUUGCCAUAAGGGAGCAGCUUUAUGAGAUUGCAGUCCAAAAUGUAACCUCAGCAAAGGAAAUAAAAGUAAACAAGAAGGGUCGUCGCGGAAUUGAGUACAUCCCUAUUAGUAAGGCUGGUGUUACUGCAGUGGAUUUGGCUAAGUUGUUUGGAAGCAAAUCAAGUGUCAUUAGGAAAAGGAAAGAUUGGGAUGUGUUUGAACCAAUCGUCGAUAUCCUGUCAAAUGAGGAAGUAGAGGCGCUUGAAGCAAAAGAAGAUAGGAUUCCUCGUUGAAUAGUUAUUGGCUUAUGAUAGGAUGGAAAAAGACGCUUCCUUUGGGUCUCGCGGCUGAAGCAAACUCUGGGCGCGUUUCUUCAAGGCAAUAUUGUAAAUUCCAGUAGUUUUUUCAUGAUUUUAUUGGCAAAGGGAAAAAGAAAUGUAAAAGUUGUGGCUGGAUAUAUUUCAUUUGUUAUAGUGAACAUUCUUUCAGAAUAGCCAUUUCCUAAUAUGCAUGAUCUGGUUUUUCUUUUUCAAAAAACUUACUUAUAUAACAAAUUUCUUUUAAUAUAUUACCAUUUUAUGUUUA